GGGUCCAGAAUAAUAACUAUUUAGGCCCAAAAGGGCAAAUUGCAAAACCCCCCAAACCCUUUGCGUUCGUUCGCGGGACAACCAAAUUUUGUCCCGCCAAAACUCCAAAUCUUUUUUAUAAAUCACUCGUUUCAUUAAUCAGUUUCAUUUUCAAUCGCCCACAAGCAUCUACAAACAAAUCGCGAUAACUUCUUCGCCGCCUCAAAGUAUUUAUAAAUUUGAAGAUCUAGGUCAAAUCAACACAGAGAUCAGGAUCUGUACGAAGAAACAGUCAUGAGUGCUGUAAAUCUAACAAAUGUUACUGUAUUAAACAAUCCAGCCCUCUUUCUCAGUCCUUUCCAGUUCGAAAUCUCCUACGAGUGCUUGGUUCCCCUUAAAGACGAUUUAGAAUGGAAAUUAACUUAUGUGGGAUCUGCUGAGGAUGAAACAUAUGACCAGGUUCUUGAAAGUGUGCUAGUUGGACCCAUUAAUGUUGGCAACUACCGUUUCGUCUUUGAGGCAGACCCACCAGAUGCGUUAAAGAUUCGUGAAGAGGACAUAAUAGGUGUUACGGUCCUGUUAUUGACAUGCUCUUAUUUGGGGCAAGAGUUUGUUCGAGUGGGAUAUUAUGUGAACAACGAUUACGAAGACGAACAUUUAAGAGAAGAGCCACCGCAAAAGGUUUUGAUCGAUAAAGUUCAAAGGAAUAUUUUGGCUGAUAAGCCUAGAGUCACAAAGUUUCCCAUUAAUUUCCACCCUGAGAAUAUCGACCAAUCAGAGCAACCUGAUCAUUUACCUGAAGUUGAAGUUCCAACUGAACAAGAAUCUGAAACUUUGUUGGGUGAACAGGAGAAUCCAGAGAAUCCUGUUGAUUGCGAAGUUAAAAGCGAUAAUGAAGAACCGGCACCUUCUGUAUCUGAUCAUCCGCCUACUCUAGUGUCUGCUUAAAGAUUUGGAUGAAUCUAAUUCGUUUCCAAUCGGCUGUCUUCUUUUCAAGAACAGAAUGUGUCAUGGUUAUAAUGAUCAAAUUAUAAGUUUUUAAGUUUUAUGUCGAGAGUUUCGUGGUAUGAGUUUGCAUAUUGCUGAGAAUGGUUUUGAAGAUCUAUGGUUUGUCACAUACUCGCAUAUGUACUGAAAGUUCGCCUUGUUUUAUCAUAUGACUAAUUGAUUUGGUGCUUCUUAACUGUUCUUGAAUGGCAUUUUGUUUGUAUUU